UCCGGCGCAAGGUACGGUCGUCGCGGUUUGUCGGCCUGAUGGCGGCUCCGCUGCUUCACACGCGGUUACCGGGAGAUGCGGCCGCCUCGGCCGCCGCGGUCAAGACGCUGGGCACAUCCAGGACCGGGCUUUCAGACAUGCUUGCAUUAGAGAAUGAUUUCUUCAAUUCUCCCCCAAGAAAAACUGUUCGGUUUGGUGGAACUGUGACAGAAGUGUUGCUGAAGUACAAAAAGGGUGAAACAAAUGACUUUGAGUUGUUGAAGAACCAGCUGUCAGAUCCAGACAUAAAGGAUGACCAGAUCAUUAAUUGGCUGCUAGAAUUCCGUUCCUCCAUCAUGUACUUGACGAAAGACUUUGAGCAGCUUAUUAAUAUUCUUUUGAGAUUGCAGUGGUUGAACAGAAGUCAGACAGUGGUGGAGGAGUAUUUAGCUUUCCUUGGUAAUCUUGUAUCAGCACAGACUGUCUUCCUUAGACCAUGUCUCAGCAUGAUUGCUUCCCAUUUUGUACCUCCCCGAGUGAUCAUUAAGGAAGGUGACAUAGAUGUUUCAGAUUCUGAUGAUGAAGAUGACAAUCUUCCUGCAAAUUUUGACACAUGUCACAGAGCCUUACAAAUAAUAGCAAGAUAUGUCCCAUCGACACCAUGGUUUCUUAUGCCGAUACUGGUGGAAAAAUUUCCAUUUGUACGAAAAUCAGAGAGAACAUUGGAAUGUUACGUUCAUAACUUACUAAGGAUUAGUGUGUAUUUUCCAACCUUGAGGCAUGAAAUUCUGGAGCUUGUUAUUGAAAAGCUACUCAAGUUGGAUGUGAAUGCGUCCCGGCAGGAUAUUGAAGAUGCUGAGGAAGCAGCAGCUCAAGCUGGUGGAGCAGAUGCUGCGGAAGGACUGUUUAACAUGGAUGAAGAUGAAGAGAAUGAACACGAAACAAAGGCUGAUCCUGAAAGGCACGAUCAGAUGGUCCAUCCCGUCGCUGAGCGCCUGGACAUCCUGCUCUCUUUACUCUUGUCCUACAUUAAGGAUGUCUGCUACGUAGAUGGUAAGAUUGAUAACAACAAAACAAAGGAUUUAUAUCGAGAUCUCAUAACCAUCUUUGACAAACUCCUGUUGCCCACCCACGCCUCUUGCCAUGUGCAGUUUUUCAUGUUUUACCUCUGUAGCUUUAAAUUGGGGUUCGCAGAAGCAUUUUUGGAACAUCUCUGGAAAAAACUGCAGGAUCCAAAUAAUCCUGCUAUCAUCAGGCAAGCUGCUGCAAAUUAUAUUGGAAGCUUUUUGGCAAGAGCUAAAUUUAUUCCUCUUAUUACUGUAAAAUCAUGCCUAGAUCUUUUGGUUAACUGGCUGCACGUAUACCUUAAUAACCAGGAUUCGGGAACAAAGGCAUUUUGUGAUGUUGCUCUCCACGGACCGUUUUAUUCAGCCUGCCAAGCUGUGUUCUACACUUUUGUUUUUAGACACAAGCAGGUUUUAAGUGGAAACCUGAAGGAAGGUCUGAGUUACCUUCAAAGUCUAAAUUUCGAACGGAUAGUGAUGAGUCAGCUAAAUCCUCUGAAGAUUUGCCUGCCCUCGGUAGUUAACUUUUUUGCCGCAAUCACAAGCAAAUACCAGCUCGUCUUCUGCUACACCCUCAUUGAGAGGAAUAACCGCCAGAUGUUGCCUGUCAUCAGAAACACUGCUGGUGGGGACUCAGUGCAAACCUGCACAAACCCACUGGACACCUUCUUUCCCUUCGACCCUUGUGUACUGAAGAGAUCAAAGAAAUUCAUUGAUCCUGUGUAUCAGGUAUGGGAAGACAUGAGUGCAGAAGAGCUUCAGGAGUUUAAGAAACCCAUUAAAAAGGAGGUGGUGGAAGAUGAAGAAGAUGAUUUUUUGAAAGGUGAAGUUGGGAUUACACCCAGCUCCUUUGAUACGCAUUUCCAAAGUCCUUCGAGUAGUGUGGGCUCCCCACCUGUGCUGUACCUGCCAGACCAGUCCCCUCUGGUCACAAGGAUCUGUGAUUGAGACAGACAUUCCUCCACCGUGCCCUUCAGUACUAGGGUUCAUACUGUUUGAGCAUCACAUUGAACUAGAGCGAAUUCAUGCUUCAGGCAUCUUCCUUUCAAGCGAGACUUACUCUAGUGUCUCAACAGACUUUUUUUUUCUUUUUCUGUUUUGUUCCUGUACAGGCAAAAGGAAAAGAGAAUAUCAUGUGCAAUAUUUUACAGUGGAGUUGAUGAUAAAUGUUGGAGGCUUGGCUUCUUUCUUUAUACAUUUUUUGGUUACAGCUUCUUGACAUAAUUGUCGUGAAAUUUCUAAUGUUGGCAACAGCCUGUUUUAACAGAAUGCAUUUUUAACAAGAUUUUUGUCAGAGCCACAGUGACAAGACUUUGUUGAUUUGAUAUCUUUUCACUGGAAAAUCCUCUAGGACAUUAUUUAAAGCCUUCAGAACGAGUUUAACUAUUCUGGGUACGUUGUUUACCCCUUGCUGUAACUAUGUAUAUGGUAGGGUUUCAGUGGGGUGCAGAGAAGAUAGGAGGAAAGUGUAGGGAAGCGGCCAGAGCUGGUCCUGGAUGCUGCAAGUUGGAGCUGGCACUGAAGGAGACGUCCAGGGGCUACAGAAACCAAUAAAAGCCUGAGGGGGAAGAGAAAGAGGAUUUAGGGAAACAGAAUCAGACAAAUCAUACACUUGUGAGUGUAAAAAUGAAUUUCAAAGGAACAAGGAGUUCCAGGGAAAUGGAACUCAUGUUGAAAGUGGGGUUGGACUUUUAUAAAACUCAGCUGAUAGCAUUUGAUCCUGAGGCCCCCAAGACUGCUGUUAGAACCGGAACUACUUGUUUGUACUGGAAUGAUGUAUUAAUUUUUUAAAAAUCAGAAUCAGUUGGUCAUUUUGAGAAUUUCUUUGUCCAAAAAUGGGGGGGAGAGAGGAUUUUAGGUUAUUUGGUGGAAUGGUUUUGCUAAGAACAAUAGGCCAAGGUUCCAGCUACAGUCUCUGCGUACUGCCUGUUUGUACCAUGAAUUCUAGCUGAGUGAAAUCCUCCCCUGGCGAGGCUCUUUUUGUAUUUUUAUAACUGAACACUGAGAGAGAGGAGUCUAAACAAACAACCUCGCUUUGUAACAAAUUUGUGUAAGUGCUGCUAGAGCCAUUUUGAAGCUCAUGCAUAUUUUAGCUUCAUUCCUUAUUUGUGUACUUUUUUUGUUACUUGUGAAAAUGGACAUCUUUAAACAUAUUUAUUUUUCUGCCACUUUUCCUAUUCUUUAUUUAAAGGCAAGCGGUAUUUUCUCGAUCACAAAUAUUUUGUAAUGAAAUGCUUUCUCUUUCCUAGGACUUUGUAUGCUCUUGUAUAAUUAUAUUGAUGGCAAUGUGGAGUUUGAACUUCAGUUUGUAAAUACGUUUUUGGAGAACAGAAAUGUUUAUUGUUUUAAAAAGUUUUGGAUAUUGGCGAUUUUCUUUUGGUGAUUUAGUGGAAAGUCAUUUGAGAACCUUUAGGUUUCUAUUUUUUUUAACUGCUGACAAAAAGAUGGAAUUUUGGGGUAGUGGAUAAAACAAAUAAUUGAGAAUGUGCCGAUAGAUAUUUACGGUAAGUGGGGUCUUUGUGGGUUGGGAAGUAGUUUUAAUGUAGAAGGAUAUAUUUACAAAUGAGCUUGUUUAAUUUCAAAUGAAUUUGAGAAAAAAAUCCAUUGUGAAAAUAAAACAAUGAUAUGGUUAAUCUGAAGCUUUUGUUCUUAUGCCAAUAAAGGGAAGUACCCCAAUAGAGAGGCUUCUCACACAAAUGUUCUUUUGAUUUCUGUGUGUUUAUCACCUGUAUUAAAGCACCAUUGUGAAAUGA